CGUUUCCUGACUGAAACCCAUUCGACCAUUCGCCGUAUGGUUUCAAGACGUCUAGUUCCAACCGGACGCAGUUUUUGCCGCAUUUUGUUCUUCCGUACCCACGUUUUCAGACUUUUUAAGCGGUGAGUCACCUCGCUACUCUUCUUGGAGAUGGCUGGAGAGAUGUCUAUGAUUGGUUCGGUGAUCCUGGCUCUGUUACUGGCCGGUUAUUUGGGCCAGCAGUACUUACCUCCCCCUAAACCCAAAGUGAUCGGCCUGGACUUGGGUACCACCUUCUGCUCCGUCGGUGUUUUCCACCCGGGCAGCGGGGAGGUGGAGGUGAUUGUUGAUAAGGAAGGGAGGAAGAGCAUCCCCAGCGCGGUCACCUUCACCCACACCGCGGUGCUGGCCGGACAAGAGGCCGUGGAGCUGUCGGACAACAACCCGCAGAACACCAUCUAUGAUGCCAAGAGGUUCAUUGGAAAGCUGUUUGAGCCAGGUGUCCUGGAGCAGGAGAGCGCCAGGUACCCGUUCAAGGUGAUAAACAACAAUGGAAGUGCAGAGUUCGUGAUCUCCACCAACCACACCUUCACCGUAAGCCCAGAGUUCAUUGGCUCCAGGCUGCUGCUGAAGAUGAAGAAGAUGGCAGAGCAACAGUUGGGCGUGCUGAUCCAGAAGGCCGUCAUCUCUGUACCGGCAGAGUUUGAUGAGAGACAGAGGAACUACACCGUUAGGGCUGCAAACCUAGCAGGUUUGGAGAUCCUGCGUGUAAUCAACGAGCCCACGGCUGCAGCCAUGGCCUACGGCCUGCACAAGGUGGAUGUGUAUAAUGUUCUGGUGGUGGACCUCGGCGGAGGAACGCUGGACGUGUCUUUGUUAAACAAACAGGGAGGCAUGUUCCUCACCAGGGCGAUGGCAGGAAACAACAAGCUGGGAGGUCAGGACUUCAGCCAGAGGUUGCUCCAGUAUUGCAUGGAGCGGGUCAGACAGGAAUUUGGUGUCACCCCCACCCUGAAGGAAGACAUCCACCGUCUCCGACAGGCCGUGGAAGCUGCCAAACUCAACCUCACCCUCCGACCAAAUGCCACCAUCACGGUGCCUCUACGCCUCCAGGAACCACCCAAAGGCCCUUCUCCAGUCCUCCUCAGGGCCGUGGUCACUCGCCAGCUGUUUGAGGAGCUCAACGAGGAUCUUUUCCAGAAGAUUCUGGCUCCUGUGAAGACAGUGUUGGCUGAAGGCCACCUGGAGAAAGAGGAUGUGGAUGAGAUUGUUCUGGUGGGAGGGUCCACCAGGAUACCACGGAUCAGGGAGCUAAUCAGUCUGUAUUUUAGGAAGGAGCCCAACACGUCUGUGGAUCCUGACCUGGCCGUGGUUACAGGCGUGGCUAUCCAGGCCGGCAUCAUGGGCGGCUCCUGGCCGUUACAAGUGAGCGCCAUCGAAAUACCCAACAGGCAUUUACGCAAGACAAACUUCAGCUGAUCUAAAUUUAAAUAAAUAUGAAGACCUGAAGCAUCAGGAAGUUGUAACAGUCACACGUUCAUCACUCCUCUAACAUCUGCUGAUGGUGAUGGAAACACACAAUAGUAAAUGUCUCUAAGCCUUUAAGCUGCUGAACUCCUCUUCCUCUGGGCUGUGACAGCUGCUGGUGGCUGACUGUAUGUUGAACAGUUAUCUUGUGGCCAUUUGCAGAAAGAAACAGUUCUGCUUUGCAUUUAACGUGAAAAGUGCUUUUCUUGUGCACCAGUUAGAACAGGAAGAGCAGCUCACCAGAGACCAAGGGACGUCUGUCGUAGCAGAUGGGUUAACUGUGGGAGCAUCAGUUAUUUAUUUAUGCUCGUUGGUAAGACACCUCUUCAGAACCCUGCGGGGCGGUGGUUCUGUCCAACGCUUACCUCCAUCCACGUUUCCUCAUUUACUUGAAGUCUCUGGGAUGUUCAGAAACGUCCAUUUAAAUGUGUGAAUAACACAAAGUUAGUUCUUUAGUAUCGUGUUUAAAAAAACAGUCAUUAAUCUUGGAGAUUUGCUCUUUUUGCACUUUGAGGUUACUCACUUUUACCAACUCACUUCCUGUGCGUCUCAGAGCUUUAUGUAAAGGUCAGUGACGUGUGUGUGUGUGUGUGUGUGUGUGUGUGUGUGUGUGUGUGUGUGUGUGUGUGUGUGUGUGUGUGUGUGUGUGUGUGUGUGUGUGUGUGUGUGUGUGUGUGUGUGUGUGUGUGUGUGUGUGUGUGUGUGUGUGUGUUAGGAGGACCAAAGUGUUGCUCUUCAUCAGUGCCUUGUUUGAUUGACAUUAAGAACAAAUUCUGCUAUAAUGAAGAAUGUUUAAAAAACAUUUUCCUUCCAACCUGCUUCUGUCCUGACGAGCAGCAGGCUGGUUGUUGGACGUCUGACGUUUCAGCAUCUGAACCUGAAGCUCCAGACCUGGUGGUGCAGCUGGCGCCAACAUUCCUUCUGUCAUCGUCUCGGCCUGGUUUUGCCAAAUGUUCCGUGAAAAUAAACUUGAAUGUGUAUAAACAGAGAUGUUGAUAUAUUAUAACCUAAUAUAUUAUUAAGGUAAUACUUCAUACUUGGAUCUAUUUUUGUAUUUAAGUCUCAGAAUCUGUGUCAGGAAUAUGGCAAAAAACCUUUUUAUCUGCCUUUUAAUGUAUUAAAAUUUCAUUUCACAUCUUC